UUCAACUAAACUCUGAAGACCGUGACCUUCAGCGUUAUCUGUUAUCGAAAUAAGCGUAAACUGCGGUAUAAAUGAUAGUAUCAUUUUAAACUCAAAUAGUUAAUUCCCACACGAUGGCUACUAGCACUCUUUUAAAAUCUUCAAAACUAAGUCUAUCUUUAUUACAAAGUCUGAAGACUCUUCCGAGGCGUAGUUUCACUACUCAGCUCAAUGAGCAGCAGCUUGCUGUACAGGAGCUGGCAAGGAGCUAUGCCGAGGAGCAUCUCAAGCCAAAUGCAUCCAAGCUGGACUUGGAAGGAAGGUUCCCAUUUGAUCAGAUAAAACAAUUGGGAAACCUUGGCUUGAUGGGAGCAUGUGUUGACCAAGAGUAUGGAGGCAUGGGUUUGGACUACCUCUCUCUGGCUAUCGCGGUAGAGGAGAUCUCGCGAGGCUGCGCCAGCACAGGCAUGAUACUGUCUAUACACAACUUCCUGUACGCUAACCUGGUCAAUGAAAGAGGCACUGAGGCACAGAAAGAACAGUUUCUGUUCACAAAGGGCGCAAUAGGAUGCUUUGCGCUGAGUGAGCCAGGCGCUGGCAGUGACGUAGCGAACAUCAAGACAACGGCCAGACAGGACGGGGACCACUGGAUAAUUAACGGCAAGAAGAGCUGGGUGACUUCAGCGGUGGAGGGUAAAGCGUUUGCAGUGUUCGCGACUAUUGACCCAGAUUUGAGGCACAAGGGACUUGCAUGUUUUCUGGUGCCUCACGAUGCUGAAGGCGUGUUUCGCGGUAAAAAGGAACCACUAAUGGGAGUAAGGGCGGCGACAGCGUGUGACGUGACGUUGUCCGACGUGCGGGCGACGCUGGUGGGCGGCGCGGGGGAGGGGUUCCGCAUCGCCAUGGCGCAGCUCGACCAGGGCAGGAUCGGCAUCGCCGCGCACGCCGUAGGAAUCGCGCAAGCGGCGCUGGACACCGCCAUGAACUACGCCAAGGAGCGCGUGGCGUUCGGAAAGAAUUUAACCAGACUACCCUCUGUUAAGGAUCGUCUAACAGACAUGAGUAUACUCAUCGAGACAGCGCGACUACUCACCUACCGCGCCGCCGUACAAGUGAGCACGAAGAACAGCGCCAUGGCGAAGUAUUACGCCGGGCGCGCCGCCACCGCCGCCGCCGACCACGCGGUGCAGAUACUCGGCGGCAGGGGACUGUCCACCGAGUACGAUGCCGAGAGACACUACCGGGACGCGCGAGGCACGCAGAUCUACGGCGGCGUAACGGACAUACAGAAGCGGCUCGUCGGCCACUACCUGCUAAAGGAACAUGACGCCCUCUGAUCGCUAAGAUAAGCCUGAUUUCAUAUCCAGGGUACUGAUAUCUUCCCAGUAAAAACAAUUGUAUAUUAUGUAAAUAUGCGUUAGAUAAAGCUAAAUAAUAAUAAAUUAAAACAAAUUUUUUAAAAUACAAAGUUGCUGCCUGACCAGUUUCAAGUGCCUUGAAUGUUUAUUGGAAUGAUUGAAUGACCGCAACGACUGCAGAUGUGGAUGGCUUAAUCAUUUACGAUAUGAAUUAAUACUUGCGCAUUUAACACUAUUUUAUUCUGUUAAGCUAUUAUGCCAGGUUAAGCAGCAACUUUUUCUAUAGUCCAUUCAUGAUUCAAACUUAGCUACCUCCUUCUAUAAGAGUAUUCCUUGUGUUACUGGCAUAAAGUUAAAAUAAUACAUAAUUAAUUUGAUCAUAACAAAAGUAAAUAAAUACUUAACAUAAAUAAGUGUUAAACAAAUUUUGCUGCACAAACAUAAAAGUGAAAAGACAAUUUAGACUAAGAGUAGGUGGAUAUAGUUUCAUAUAUAUACGUGGGAGAGCCAUAUUUCGGCACGAAUGG